AUGUCUGCAAACCAAUCGCUGUAUCACAUGGAGAACCCUGCUCGCGCUGACGAGUGGGUUGACUUUGACAACUCCUUCGAGUUCUCAACUGGGUAUCUGGAGAGCAAUCCACCCUCGCUGGACUCGAUCUCUCCAAAAGACUUGGAGUUGGUGUACAGUGAUGCAGACGCGCUGAAUUGGGACUCGGAAGCCGCUCAAUGGCCUCAAUCAGCCUUCUCCGACCUCGUUGCCUUAGAGGACCCUUUAAUAGGAAGCACAGAAAUGCCAUUGGACGUGGCUGGCUUCUCCGAGAAUGUUCCUCCACUACCAUCGUUUCCGGAAGUGGAGUGCUCUUCCUCGACAUUUGAUGCCACAUGGUCAUCAUUCGACGCCUCAAAUAUGGCAGAAAACUACUACUCACCGUCGACCUACCGACAACUGAUCGAAUCUCAGGCAGCUGCUGACCCGCGCUGCUCCUCGAAAAAGGAAAAGCGUCUCGAGGCUUCCAUUGCUUUGCACCUGCAGCGCUUGCAAGACGCUGCAACGGCUGAUCUCAGUCUGUCUUCAGAGUCAUGCGGCAGCUUUUCCUCCCCAUGCUGGCCCGACUCUGCUGCAGGAAGCGCAUCUGAGCCGCAGUCUCGUGGAAGCCCAUCCAGCACAUCAGCCUCUGAACCCUCCGCCAAGUCCUCUACCCCACCUUCUUCAAGGCCGAGCCCGGUCAGCGCUGGAGUAGAGUUGGUACUUGAUUUGAAUAUGAACACGACCACCAAUCUGCCGAAAAAGCAGAAACCGCGAUCCCAAGCCCAGAAAGAAAACUACAUCAAAGUCCGGAAACACGGGGCCUGCGAAAAACAUCGAAAACAGCAUAAGCGGUGCAAUUGCCUUGACAAGUCUGCUUCUCGUGUUCUGAACGACUCUGCCGUCGCAGCGCUAGCCCAAUCCACCAAGGCCCGACUGGAGGUCAGAAACAGCGGCCAGAACAUUAUUGCAACCAAGCGCCUCGGCACCAGUACCUUGCCGACUCUACCACCCGCAAUUCUGGACAGGAGCCGUGCGGUCAAAGCGGUGCCUGGAUCUGUUCAACCAAGCACUGCGAUUUCGCCAACGGUAAAGGCGAAUGUACAACGUGUGGAACGUACUGUUCACAAUUCUGCUGGACGUGUAAACACCGUGAUCCCGCCAACUGUUUCGAUGAAUGUUCAACCCUCGGAGCGUUCCGCUCACAGUUCGGCUGGACGUGCAAACACAGCCGUUUCAUGGACGCCCGCACCAAAUGCUCAAGUCAUGGGGCGUAUCGUUCAGAAUUCUGGUGGACACGUUAUUUCGGUGAAAUCUCCACUGAAUGUCCAACGUUCAGAACGUUCGGCCCAGAAUUCUGCCGACCGGCAAAACACCGCGCACGCGCAUGUUCAAGUUUGUCAGUCGCCCAAGGAAGCAAAACCUUGGCGUACAGUCGACCACACUUCGUCGGUUCCUUGUCCACUGGUAACCCAGAACACACAAACGACGAGUGCUGGAUUCCGUGGCCGGCAAGAUGGCGCUGUUCGUGCUGUUCAUUUCACUCCGGGUCUACUCCGCGAGUCCUCUGGUGUACUCCGGCCAUUCAGGUACAGGCCGACUUCCCAGAACGACGUUGGAAGGGUCGUCGAGAGCCAAAGCACCCAGGCAAACAAGCACGUAAAGGGCAAAGAAAAUUUCUGGACAUGGAGUCUACCUGGAAGCCGAGCAGAGGUGAUCGAGAAUUCUACUGUUGCCGAAUAUGCUGGUGCGGUUGUUCGCAAUACCGCCCUAGCGUUCUUGUCCUUCUGGCAAUCUUCCACCUCGCUCACUUCGUGGGCAGGACUACUCUUUGGCCGGUUAGUUCUAUCCUCUUCUCGCCAGCAUAUGCUGGCCAGGAAAGGAAUGGGACUGGCUUAA